AUGGUACGCUGGAAAAUAUGGGCAGUUCGUAAUGAUCUUGUGUGGAAUGACAAAACUUGUUCGGCGUAUGAUGUGGUGCGGUCGGCUAGAAUAGUCCUUGACCAAUGGUUAAGUGGUCAAUCACAAAAAAUGGGGGCAUUAUUAAUAGAUGAUAUUAAUAAUGUUAAUGAGCACUGGAAGAAACCAAUGUUGAAUACGGUUAAGGUUAAUGUUGAUGGCGCCAUUUUUCAAGCGGAGAAUAAGUUUGGGUUUGGCUGUGUGGCAAGGGAUCAUAAUGGACAGCUUAUUAAAGCUAUUUCUGGGAGCCGUAUUGGUUUGGUUCAACCAGAAGUAGCAGAGAUAAUUGGGGUCAAAGAGGCUUUAAGUUGGAUAAAAAGAAAGAAAUGGGCAAAUGUGGUGAUCGAGACCGACGCUUUGAUGGUUGUUCAGGCAAUCAAAAGUUCGAUAAAUAUGCCAUCACAAUUUGGUAUGAUUGCUCGUGACUGUCGAGAACUUCUUUCUAUCUUAAAUAAUAUUUCUUUAAUGUUUGUAAAACGAUAUGCAAACAAGGCCGCUCAUUGUGUAGCAAGAGGGUCUUGCUUAAAGUCAGAUUGUAUUUUCAAUGAGACUGAUGUUCCUUUUGAUUUAAGGACUAUUGUAGCUACUGAAAAUUAUUGA